AUGGAGCGCGAGCUGGAGGCGCUGGCGGCCCGGCCCGCGCGCCCGGCCGAGCCGCCCUUGCAGGCGCUGGUGGAGGCGGCCGGGGGCCGCGGGCAGGUGCUGCUGGUGGGCGAGCUGUGGGAGCGCGAGCAGAGCCGCGCGCUGCUGCGGGACUUCGCCCGGGCCGUGUUCCCGCCCGAGCAAGCGGCGGCCAAGCCGGGCGGCGCGGGGCCCAAGCCGGGCGGCGCGGGGCCCGGGGCGGCGGCGUGCGGGGCGCAGAGGGCGCCGGGGGCGGCGGCGCGCGCCAUCCGCUCGCCGCUGGUCUUCGUGCUGUGCCGCGCGUCGUCGCUGGCCGCCCGGGAGCCGCGGCGCCGCGUGCGGGAGAUGCUGCGGGACGUGCGCUGCCGGCGGCGGGCCGGCGCGGCGCUGGUCGGGGUGCUGGUGGUCGAGGCCGGGCCCGAGGACGCGGCGGCGCCGGGGCUGCGGCUGCUGGAGUCGCUGCUGCGCGCCGUGUUCGGCCGCGAGGCUGGGGGCCCGGUGCAGGCGGCCGCCUACUGCCCCGGUCGCCCGGACUCCAGCCUAGGCGUCCAGGAGGCCGCCUGCAGGGCCCUGCAAGCCGCCGGGCCCGGGCGACCAGCAGAAGGAGCCUGGGAGAGGCCAGGCUUCCUAGGACUGCUGGCCUGCUUUUCCUGGGGUCCCUGGAGCCAGAGGAAGGACUGGGAUGCUGCUGCCUCCAGUGGCCCAGCUCAGGAUGACUGCCAGGAUCCUGAGGAGGAGGUGGCACUGACAGCCAUGUUUCCCAACGGAGACUGGGAGGAUCUUGGAAAGGGGUCAAAAGCCCAUGAUGGAGUCCUCUGCACUCCUGCUGAGCCCACUGGAGACUCAAGAUGA